AGCCCACCCACCUACCUCUUGGGUCACACUGCUGCGUCUAUCGGCGUCAGUGGCCAAACUCUGGAUUACUGGAACGCAGAGGGGACGAGACUACAAGAGGGAAUUCUCUCGUUGGCUUGUUGUCUUCUGUGGUGAGUGCUUGAGAAGGAAAUGCGCUCCCGCUUGCGCAACAGACUGGGAAACACAUUUGAAACAGACGCCAGCCUGCGCCGAGGAUUUACUAGCGAUGGAAACCCUGAACUUUACGCACGGAUCUGCUCCUGGUAAUUCAACCUCUGCCCGGACAAACAUCGCUUUACCGGUUCUCAUGUUUGUUGGAGGCGCAGUGGGCAAUUUGACUGCAAUAGUGGUUCUCUCGGUGUCACGACAGGAGAAGAAAUCCUCGGCUUUCUACACGAUGGUGUGCGGGUUGGCGGUGACGGACCUGCUGGGGACCUGCUUGGCAAGCCCACUAACUAUAGCCAACUAUCUGGAUCGGCGCGUGCUGAAGGACAAGCGUGUCUGCGACUUCCACUCGUUUUUGUUGCUGUUUUUUAGUUUGACCGGACUGAGCAUCAUCUGCGCCAUGGCAGCGGAACGGUACCUGGCCAUCUGCUGCCCGUACACCUACCAACGCUGGGGAGUGAACCGCUGCUUUGCGCAGAAGUUUCUUUUCUUGAUUUACAUCUCCCACAUAUUCUUCUGUUGCCUGCCGAUGAUGGGCAUGGCAAAGAGCGCGCUGCAGCUGUCCGAAACCUGGUGCUUCAUCGACUGGAGAGCGCAGGAGCGCGUGGCGGUGGCGUACUCCGCGCUGUACGGCGUCGUGAGCCUGCUGCUGAUCCUGAGCACCAUCGCGCUGAACCUGGCGGUGUGCGGGACGCUGCUGCUCAUGCGCAGGAGGACGGUGCAGCGGCCGGUCACCAGAGCCAGCGCCCGGCAGAGGUGGAAGGCGCUGUCCUCGGCUGCUGAGACGCAGAUGAUCGCGGUGCUGGUCAUGACCUCCGUGGUGGUUUUGACCUGCUCAGCCCCGCUGGUGGUGCGAGUCUUUGCGAACCGCUUCAAAAUCGACCACAGAGCAGAUCUAGCAGCCAUUAGAGCUGCCUCAGUCAAUCCCAUCCUGGACCCCUGGAUCUACAUCCUCUUCAGGAGGUCCCUGCUACGACGCCUACUCAGUCUAACCAGGAGGCGCAGCACGGAUCGACGCACUUCCCCUCCUUUACCGCAAAGGAAACUGCUAUGUCCUGAUAUGGUGACCGACAGGCACGUCUUCACCCAGUUAAUGUGCAAUGCAAACAUCAUCACUCAGCUGCCUGCCACUGUCAAAUUCACCCCCUGUAACUCAGAGAAUCUCCACCAGACUUUAAGCUCUGCAGACUCGGCACUUGCAUUCGAUACAUGAAUUUUUGCUGCAAGCUUUGGGGCCAAAAGGCUCUAAAAAUCUGACGGACAGACGGAGAUAUUUGCUUGUCUGGGCUCACAUUUGCAUGAGAUCCUCAGAACAACUGAGCAAAAGGAAUAUUUAUUGAAAUCUGGAGUGUUAGCUCACACCACUUCCACUGAGGUCAAAAACUGUUUGACACAGACGAGGUCUCUGAAGUGCAAUAAUAAGAAAUGACCAAAACCUUGCCUUUCACCUUUUACUGUAAAUGUAACACUUUCUUUUCCAUCUGAACAGGUUUCUCGUAGUUUCCUUCAAUGGAAGCUUAAAGUAUUGUCCAACGUCUCCCACAUCUGUCCAGAAGAAGGAUUUAAAAAGUUUAAAAACUGUUGAUCCAUUCAGAAUGAAUGUCAAAGAUUCAGUAAAACAAUUAUUUUGAGAAAGAUGAGGGAUUUCUCGUGCUGCACAAGACUGAAAUGGAAAAAGAAACCACUAAACAUUCUCAUUUUGUACUAAAAGCUAAGUUUCAUUGAUUUCAAGUGUUUUGACUUUGUGGAGCCACUUGUUAAUGUAAACGGCCUGAUGUUCUUUAACAGACUCUUAAAUUCUUGCUGUUUUUGCACAUCUGACAUGUUUAUAUUUUUUUACAUAUCACUCUGCAUAUUAUUACGGAUAUUUUUUAUAUUUGCACAUUUCCUUUGUACAUAUUGACCUGUUUUCUAUUAUACUUUGUUAGAUUUCUUUUUGCACUGGAA